UUUUCCUUUCUCUCCCCCCACUUUCAGAUCCAGUUAUGGGACACAGCGGGACAAGAACGAUUCAGAAAGAGCAUGGUCCAGCACUACUACAGAAAUGUACAUGCUGUUGUCUUCGUGUAUGAUAUGACCAACAUGGCGAGUUUUCAUAGCCUGCCAUCUUGGAUAGAAGAAUGCAAACAGCAUUUGCUAGCCAACGAUAUACCACGGAUUCUUGUUGGAAAUAAAUGUGAUUUGAGGAGUGCCAUUCAGGUACCCACAGACUUGGCACAAAAAUUUGCUGACACGCACAGUAUGCCUUUGUUUGAAACCUCUGCUAAAAACCCCAAUGAUAAUGACCAUGUGGAAGCUAUAUUUAUGACCUUGGCUCAUAAGCUGAAGAGCCAUAAACCGUUAAUGCUUAGUCAACCCCCUGAUAACGGAAUUACCCUGAAGCCUGAACCAAAGCCUGCAGUGACGUGCUGGUGCUAAAUCACAGUCUUUCUUGUACAAUCUAAUUUUGACUAAAGAGAUACUUUUGAAAUAUGACAGUGAUAAGUCAUAGAAUUUAAUCUCAAAUAUAAUGGAUCAUCCUGACACUUUACUGUUUAUCAUUGUCAUGCUUAUUUUUGUAUUUUGUAUCUACUUCAUCAAGUUUGUCACUGCGACAACACAAGGAAAAAGUUAGUUUUCAGAGGUUGAGUGAAGCAGAGUUAGGAUGAAUCAGAACAUCUUUCCAUUGUGAGCCCCAUGAGGAGGCUUCAAAUGAGAGUAUGAUGAGAUUUUAAGCGUCAGUGAUUGUUUAAUCCCGUGUUCCUGGGAUUGAAAAAAUAUAUUAAGGGUUUAGUAUACUUACUCAUAUGUGCUUUGAAUGGGAAGUGUUCUCAAUAGGAUAAAGACUGGUAUUUGCCUCUCCCUAGAGUUCUUUCUUUGUAUUAUUAAUGUACUUAAAUGCAUUAUUAUUGGUACAUUUUAGAGCCAAGACUUUAGUUCCAGUGGAAGGAGAGAGCCUAGAAUGUUUUCUGGUUCUCAGUCCAUAAAGAAUGACCUUUCCAACAGUUCUAGAUGCUUGAUAUUUCAAAUCACUAUCAAUCAGGUCUACAAAAAAAAUCAUUGUUAUUUUUAAAAGAGUAAUUUGAAUUGUUUUCUUACUAAAUUCUACACAAUAUACAAAAGUAAAUCAGAUAGUAAGGUGCUUUAUACUUUAUUUUGAUACCUUUAAGCAUUGAAAAACUAAUUGAAAGAUUUGAGGAGAUGUAAUUUGGGGGAAAAUAGCUAUACAUGGUUCCUGGCUAGCACAAAAGACCUAUUCCUGGCUUUUUGUCAAGCUGUGUGUCAGACAUAGGAUCUCUUGCUCUCCCCCAGCCCCCAAUCAAUUUAAUGCCUAAAGGCUGAAUAGGCAAAUCAUCUUCCAUUUGGAUUGUAACUCUGAGGGCAUACGUGUAAUUGCUGUGGGUCUACAUUUUAUUUCUGUAAUAGUACAUUACAGUACUUCUGUUGUUUAAAUCUUUACAUUUUUAUGGUCACAACAAACUACUCCUCCUCAGUAUAAAAAAUAAAUUAGAUAUUGAAAAAUAUCUAGUCUAUCCCUUGGUGGUAGAAAGAAUAUUUCAAAAAGUUUUUUUACCCCAACUACUUUUAUUUUGAAUUUAAGACUUUGCACAUAGGAAAUAGUAAGCUUGCAUGUGAAGCUAUUACAUGAAUGGAAUGUAAGCCAUGAACUUUAUCUGCAAGUGUGCACAUUUACUAAUUCUGAAAGAUUGCUGAACUUAAUAAUUUUAGAGGAAAUUAAGCCAAAAGAUGAUGAUACUUAAAAUAUUUUCAGAAUGUGGGAAACCAAUUAAAUAUGUGAUGUAAUCUAGUUUAGGAUUUUUUGUUUAAUCAUGAUGGUGGUCCUGACUGGUUAAUUUACUUAUGAAAAUUAAUAAUUCUAUUAAAUGAACUAAUGGAAAGUAAUAAUUACAGGAAAUAAUUAUUCUGUUUUAAACAUUAGAGCUUAAGGAAAAACAAAUUGGCUUUGUUUGCUUUUAAGAAGAUUAAUCCAUUUUUCUUAUCAUGGUAGAAUUAAAAAUGGUUUGACUUUGUCUAAAUUAGUGUUGAUUUGCAACUUUUUUUUUUUUUUUUUUUUUCUUCGCGGUAAGUGGGCCUCUCACUGCUGCGGCCUCUCCCGUUGCGGAGCA